AUGACCUACAAGUGCGCCAUCGUCAACGUACCCUUUGGAGGUUCGAAGGGCGGCAUCGCCUUCGACCCGCGUCGCUACAGCCCGGAACAGUUGGAGCGCAUCACCCGGCGUUACACCGCGGAGCUGAUCCGCAAGAACUUCAUCGGUCCCGGCGUAAACGUUCCGGCGCCCGAUCUUGGGACGGGACCUCGCGAGAUGGCCUGGAUCGCGGACACCUACGACGCGCUGCAUCCCGGCGGCAUCGACAAUUUCGCGUGUGUCACCGGCAAACCCGUUACCCAGGGCGGAAUCCGGGGACGUGAGGACGCCACCGGGCGCGGCGUCGUGCUGGGUCUCGCGCGGGGACUCGACUUUGUCGAGGACUUUCCCGGAACCGGACUGACCCGCGGCCUGCCGGGCAAGGAAGUCGCCAUUCAGGGUUUCGGCAACGUCGGCUUCCACACCGCUGACAUCCUCGUUCGCCGCGGCGCGAAGGUCGUCGCCAUCGGCGAGUGGGACGGCACGGUCGUCGUCCGCUCCGGCCGGGGGAUCUCGAUACCGGAUCUUCUGGAGUGGCGCUCGGAACACGGCACGAUCAAGGGCUUUCCCGAUGCCGAGGAAGAACUGCCGCCGGAAGCGAUCCUGGAAGUGGAAUGCGACGUGCUGGUCCCGGCGGCCAUCGAGAACGUGAUCCACGGCGGGACCGCUCCGCUGGUGCGCGCGAAGCUCGUUGCCGAGGCCGCGAACGGUCCGACGACUCCGGAGGGUGACCGCAUCCUCGGGGAGCGCGGCAUCCCGGUCAUUCCGGAUGUCUAUCUGAAUGCGGGCGGGGUGGUGGUGUCCUACUUCGAAUGGGCGCGCAAUCUGUCUCACAUGCGUUUCGGCCUCCUCGAGAAGCGGCUCGAAAUCGCCAACACGAAUGCCUUGCUGAACGCGGCGGAAACGCUCUCCGGCCGGCGCCUGAGUCCGGAAAUGCGGCAGAACCUGGUCACCCAGUCCGACGAGAAGGAACUCGUGGUCAGCGGCCUGGAAGAAAAGAUGACGCGCGCCUACGACGAAAUCCGGGAGGCCAGGGUGCGGCUCCCGGAGUGCGGGACGCUCAGAAACGCCGCCUACGUCGUGGCCCUCGAGAAGAUCCGGCUUUCGUACGAGGAACUCGGAAUCUUCCCCUGA